CGCCAACACGACGUCCGAGAAAAUCAAAAAGUUUCACCGCCUGAGCUUUGGCGGGCUGGUUGUACUGUUUUGUUCGCGUGUUGCGUGUUUUUUAUUUACACAAAAAAAAACAUAUUUGCUUGUUUGUGUGCAAACUAAACUACUUACUGAAUUGUUUACUAAUCUGCGUUCUAUCUCAACUCUGAAGAGAGUCAGAUAAAGGGUGUUUCAGAGGUUUUAAAAUAAUAUUUCAGAUCAAUGGCUCAAAGUGAUGACGGUUUUGAACAGUUUUUAUCCGUGCAGCUGGAAGAAGAGGAAACAGAGCUGCCGCUGACCAACUUCAGUGGCCGCAAGCGCCUCUUCUCGAAGGAACUCCGCUGCAUGAUGUUUGGUUUCGGUGAUGACCAGAACCCGUACACUGAGAGCGUUGAUCUUCUUGAGGACCUGGUCAUAGAGUUCAUCACAGACAUGACGCACAAAGCGAUGGAGAUCGGACGGACGGGCCGAGUGCAGGUGGAGGACAUAGUGUUCCUGGUUCGCAAGGACCAGCGGAAGUACGCUCGCGUCAAGGACCUCCUCACGAUGAACGAGGAACUGAAGAAGGCGAGGAAAGCCUUCGACGAAGUGAAAUACGUUGGCAAAUAGUUGGUGGAUUUUCAUCGGAAGGGCGAUGCAAAGUUUUUAGCGCUUAACCACAGAUGUGCGCGGGAACUAUCACAGUGUUUUGAAUGUGAAAUGAGAGCAACUAGACAGGUCAUGUCGGGUGAUGAUGUAUUUUAUUUGUGAAAAUUGUGAUUUUUUUUUUCUUGCUGACAUCCGGUUUUGAAAUUAAAUAUAUAUAUAUUUCA